GGGUGAGUAAAAGAGAGUAAGUUCAGAAUAUAUUCAUAAUAUAAUGAUAUAUAUCGAGAGAGAGAGAGAGAGAGAGGGGUGGUAAUUGAAGGAGUUAAUGCGCAUUGGGUCUGGUCGGUUAGCCUUUAAUGGUGUUGCAGCCAAGCUACAGUGACACACAACUACAGAGAAGAAUCAAAACAAGCAAAGAUUGAGGAGAAUUUGGUAGAGAGCUUGCUUCAAGAGCUCUUUCCCUUCUUUUUGUAAGGUGUUAAAGCAAUUGGGUCAAGGGCUUUUUCUGAACCUAAUCCGGGUCUUGAUUUUUGAAAGCAAAGGUUGAUUCUUUGAUUUGCUUUCUUUUGCUUUCUCAGUCGAGAUUUGAAAUUUGGAUCUACUUUCUUGGCAUUGGGUGAUGGGCUGAGGUUAUAAUCUCUUGUACUUUGGUGAAGCUUUUGCUGGUAAUUCUUUCUUUCUGGGUUGUUUUUUGUUGAGGAGUUUGGGGGUUUGUAUAGAUUGCUGCUUCCAUGCAUCUUUCACUAUGGAAGCCAAUUUCUCGUUGCGCUUCUUUAAUCUUGGACAAAAAAAGCAGAAGAAAAGAUGGGUCUGAGGUCUCGAAACAGGAAAUUAGGAGAAACCCAUCUGUUCUUCGAAGAUUGCAAGAGCACAAGAUAAGGGAAGCUCUGGAGGAAGCAUCUGAAGAUGGGUCUCUGGUUAAAUCUCAGGUCAUGGAUGCUGAAGCAUUGGAUAAUCAAGAUGAAGGGUUGGGUCGAUCGAGGUCACUUGCUAGGCUGAAUGCUCAGAAGGAAUUUUUGCGAGCUACUGCACUUGCUGCAGAGAGGACAUUCGAAUCAGAAGACUCCAUCCCUGAGCUCCUUGAAUCGUUCUCGAAGUUUCUUACAAUGUAUCCGAAGUACCAGUCUUCGGAGAAGAUUGAUCAGCUGAGAUCAGAGGAGUACUCGCACUUGUCUGAGAGUGUGCCAAAGGUGUGUCUUGAUUAUUGUGGUUUUGGGCUCUUUUCGUUUAUGCAGACUGUACAUUAUUGGGAGUCUUCUACAUUUAGUUUGUCUGAGAUAACUGCAAAUUUAGGCAAUCACGCCCUUUAUGGUGGUGCUGAAAAAGGAACUAUUGAACAUGAUAUAAAGAGCAGGAUAAUGGAUUACUUGAACAUCCCUGAGAAUGAAUAUGGUCUUGUUUUUACUGUGAGUAGAGGAUCUGCUUUUAAAUUGUUGGCUGAAUCCUACCCUUUUCAGACCAACAAAAAGUUAUUGACCAUGUUUGAUCAUGAGAGUCAGUCCGUUAACUGGAUGGCUCAGUGUGCCAAACAGAAAGGUGCGAAAGCUUACAGUGCUUGGUUUAAAUGGCCAACCCUCAAACCCUGUUCAACUGAUUUGAGAAAACAGAUUUCUAAUAAAAAGAAGAGAAAGAAGGAUUCAGCAACUGGUCUUUUUGUGUUUCCUGUCCAGUCUAGAGUUACAGGGGCCAAGUAUUCGUAUCAAUGGAUGGCCCUUGCUCAGCAGAACAAUUGGCAUGUAUUGCUUGAUGCAGGUGCUUUGGGUCCCAAGGACAUGGAUUCUCUCGGCUUGUCUUUAUUCCGUCCAGACUUCAUUGUCACCUCAUUUUACAAGGUAUUCGGAUAUGAUCCAACUGGAUUCGGUUGCCUUCUUAUAAAGAAAUCUGCAAUGGGAAGCCUCCAAAAUCAGUCUGGCCAUGCCGGGUCUGGUAUAGUAAAAAUUACUCCAGUUUUUCCCUUGUACCUCAGUGAUUCAGUUGACGGUCUACCCGGAUUGACUGGACUAGAAGGUGAUGAGCUUGAUGGGGAUAUUGAAAUUACUUCAGAAACUCGGGCGGGGGCUAACUUGCCUGCCUUUUCUGGUGCAUACACUUCUGCUCAGGUGAGGGAUGUUUUCGACACUGAGAUGGAUCAUGAUAACAACUCUGACAGAGAUGGGGCGAGCACCAUUUUUGAGGAAACUGAGAGUAUUUCUGUGGGAGAGGUAAUGAGGAGUCCAGUCUUUAGUGAAGACGAGUCAUCUGACAACUCAUUAUGGAUUGAUUUGGGUCAGAGUCCACUGGGAUCCGAUUAUAAUGGGCAGCGGAGCAAACAAAAGGGAACAUCUCCCUUGCCGCCUUUUUGGUUUAGUGGCAGGAAUAAGAACAAACAGAUUUCUCCAAGGCGGUCAUCAAAGAUAUCCGACAGCCCAAUAUAUGACAAAGAGCCACAUGAUGCUCACAUGUUAUCGUUUGACGCUGCUGUUCGAUCAGUAUCUCAAGAAGUGGAUUACGUGAAAAGAAUCCCCGAGGAUGAACACUAUGUGGAAACAAGCCACGAGCAAAGAUUUGGUAAUCAUGCAGAUCAUCGGCAUGUACACGAGAUUGAAGAAGAACAUGAAUCUAGCAAUCCUGCUCAUCUCUUAAAUUCAUCCAACCUCUAUGAUGGAUCCUCUGCAUAUAGACAAGGGAUCAUGAGCAAUGGGACAGCCUCUGAAAAUGGCCUUGAAGCAAAAGAGAGUGCCAUUCGGAGAGAAACAGAAGGUGAGUUCAGAUUACUAGGAAGGAGGGAAGGGAACAAGUUUUCCGGUAGUAGAUUUUUUGGUGUAGAAGAAAUCGAACAACCUGAUAGUCGAGGAAGGCGAGUUUCCUUUAGUAUGGAAGAUGAUCGUAAAGCACGACUAAACAAUCAUUCCGAACGUGGAGAAUUCUCCGCAACAAGCCUCGAUGAUGAAGAAUACAUGAGUGAUGAAUAUGCUGAUGACCAGGACUCGGGCAGGAGAGAGCCUGAGAUAAAAUGCAGGCACCUUGAUCAUGUAAACAUGUCAGGGCUCAACAAGACCACUCUUCGGCUCCGGUAUCUGAUAAAUUGGCUGGUGACCUCAUUACUGCAAUUGAGAAUAUCUGGAUCAAAUGAGGAUGAUGGUGUGCCACUUGUUCAGAUAUAUGGUCCUAAGAUUAAAUAUGAAAGGGGUGCAGCUGUGGCGUUUAAUGUUAGAGACAGAAAUAGGGGUCUUAUUAACCCAGAAGUUGUUCAGAAAUUAGCUGAGGCAAAUGGUAUUUCUCUUGGCAUCGGUAUUCUCAGUCAUAUAAAGAUAAUUGAUAGUUCGAGACAGCAGCGUGGUCUCAAUCUCCAGGAUACUACUCUAUGCAAGCCUAUGGAGAACGGUCAGCAUGAUAGUAAAAAUGGUUUUGUUAGGUUGGAGGUUGUUACUGCCUCUCUUGGCUUUCUCACAAACUUUGAUGAUGUAUACAAGCUGUGGGCCUUUGUGGCAAAGUUUCUUAAUCCAGCCUUUAUCAAAGAUGGUGGACUAGCAACCGUUGUGGAAGAAGAAGAAGAAUUGUGAGUCCCGGAAAAAGUCCCCUAUUGUUUAGUGUCAAUUUUGAAGAAAAGUGCAUGUUUUUAUCCCGGGACAAGAAUAUAGAUGUGAUUUGAUAGAGUCCGAGGGGUUAUUAACAAAAAAGCUGAGAUGUUAAUUUUUGUGUUCAGCUGGCUCGAUAUUGUCUUGGACUCCUAUGAUAAACCAGGUGAUUUAUUCUUUUAUUUUGAUUUUCUUAUAUAAAGUUUGCUCUAGAAAGUUGUAUGACCUCAGAAAAGUCACGGUGAAAAGCUGAAUGAGAUAGGAAAGUGGCUUUCUCAUUUUCCCAUCUUUUGCUGCUGUAAACCAGAUUGUUCUUACUUCUGCUGUAUAAAUUGAGUUUGUAUUGCUAGCAUUUCGGCUUUCCAUUAAUUUCUCUAUAAGCAGCUUGUUCUUGAUUAGUGUUGCGAGAUGUACAAUCUAGGAUAUAGGCAAAUUGUAUUCUUAGCAGCCAGGUUGGCUGGCUGUCUGUCAAUACAACCUGGUUUUAUAUUAAAGAACAGUUGAUUAUGGUCA